AUGCACAGCACUUGCUCUGAAAUUUGGGGACUGAGUACACCAAACACGAUAGAUCAGUGGGAUACAACAGGCCUUUACAGCUUCUCUGAACAAACCAGAUCCCUCGAUGGCCGUCUGCAGGUGUCCCACCGCAAAGGAUUGCCACACGUCAUUUACUGCCGCUUGUGGCGCUGGCCAGACCUCCACAGCCACCAUGAACUUAAAGCAAUUGAAAACUGUGAAUAUGCUUUUAAUCUUAAAAAGGAUGAAGUAUGUGUAAACCCUUACCACUACCAGAGAGUGGAGACACCAGUGUUGCCUCCUGUGCUAGUGCCACGGCACACUGAGAUUCUAACGGAGCUGCCGCCUCUCGAUGACUAUACCCAUUCCAUUCCUGAAAACACUAACUUUCCAGCUGGAAUUGAGCCACAGAGCAAUUACAUACCAGAAACACCUCCUCCAGGAUAUAUCAGUGAAGAUGGAGAAACAAGUGACCAGCAGUUGAACCAAAGCAUGGAUACAGGAUCUCCAGCAGAGCUGUCUCCUAGUACUCUCUCUCCAGUUAAUCACAGUCUGGACUUGCAACCAGUUACUUACUCGGAGCCUGCAUUUUGGUGUUCAAUAGCAUAUUAUGAAUUGAAUCAAAGAGUGGGAGAAACCUUCCACGCGUCCCAGCCUUCCCUGACCGUAGAUGGCUUUACAGAUCCAUCAAAUUCUGAGAGAUUUUGUCUAGGUCUGCUUUCCAAUGUAAACAGAAAUGCUACGGUGGAAAUGACAAGACGACAUAUAGGGAGGGGAGUGCGUCUCUAUUACAUUGGUGGAGAAGUUUUUGCUGAGUGCCUAAGUGAUAGUGCGAUUUUUGUUCAGAGCCCCAACUGUAAUCAAAGAUAUGGCUGGCAUCCUGCAACUGUGUGCAAAAUUCCACCAGGAUGCAAUCUAAAAAUCUUUAAUAACCAAGAAUUCGCUGCUCUUCUGGCUCAGUCUGUGAAUCAGGGCUUUGAAGCAGUUUAUCAGCUUACUAGAAUGUGCACCAUAAGAAUGAGCUUUGUUAAAGGAUGGGGGGCUGAGUACAGGCGCCAAACGGUAACAAGCACUCCUUGCUGGAUUGAGCUUCAUCUGAACGGACCUCUACAGUGGCUGGACAAAGUACUGACUCAGAUGGGCUCCCCUUCAGUUCGCUGCUCCAGCAUGUCCUAAAAUCUCUCUGCUUCCUCACCAAUGGGCUAAACAUCGAGUCCAAACAACAGACUUAAUAUAACAGCUCCUCUGUCGUAGUAUUUGUGUGUGGUCCCCAUGAACUGUUUACUAUCCAAAAAAAAAAAAAAAAAAAAAAAAUAAAAAAAAAAAAAAAAAAAAAAAAAAAAAAAAAAAAAAAAAAAAAAAAAAAAAAAAAAAAAAAAAAAAAAUUUAUAAAAAAAGGGAAAAAAAAAAAAGGGUUAAAAAAAAAAAAGAAAGAAAAAAAAGAAAAAAACAGCACUUGAGGUCUCAUCAGUUAAAGCACCUUGUGGAUUCUGUUUCCUAUACUCUGAUACUAGAUGAAAAUUUAGUGUAUAGAAAAGCCUUCUUCAGAAAGAAGUGACAAUUUUAAAGAUUCUUUAAUGGUGUUUUUAUUGGGUAUAUAAUUGAGUGUCCUAAUGGUUUAUCAAUAACAUGAAUAGCUAAGUAUACGUACAGAUAAUGUAUCAUGAUCUCAAAUAUCACAGUAUUGUGCUGUUCUACAUUUUAUUCCCAUAAAUAGUCGUUUGGUUUUUUUUGAUUGGGGCAAAUAUCUCAUACGAUUCCAAGACUCUACUCCCUUAUUCUUUUAUAUUUUUUUAUAUAAGCAGGUUUUUUGAGUAGUCCUAAACAUAAAAAGCAGACUUUCCUUGUAGAAAAGCUUAACUUUUUGCUGCCUUCUUAAAGAAAAAGAAAAUCCCUCCAUUGGAAGGGAAAGAAAUGUCUUGAGAUUCCUCUGUGACAUCUUAGGACACUUUAUAUACUUAAUGGGGCCUAAAAUGAAUUCAUAUUGUAAAUUCCAAGUAUCCAUUACACUAGGAGUCUACUUUUCCCUACCCACCUGAGUUGAUGCUUCUGGUGCCAGCGCCAUUGCUGGCAGUGUUGUAAUUUGGCACUCUUUGUGUACCUUAAGUCGUUGAAAUCAGUGGUUUUUUUCUCAUGGAGUGGGAACUUACCAUAGCAUUUGAUACUGGAUUAAGUACAUAAGGUUAUUGGCUUACCCCUUAUGUCUGUAUUUUUUUCAUUGAACAUAAUGGGGAGUUUUAGUUUCUGGAGCCAAAUACCUUGAAAAAUCCUUUCCCAGGGUAAACUAGACUCUUUUAUUUAGGUUUUUAAAUAGACGCAGCUUCUUAACAUAUUUCAGUAACAGAAUUUAAAUUUCUGAUCUGAGUGGCUUUGUGUAGCUUACUUACACACCAGAUCACACGCAUUCAUUAUGUCAUAAUGGGCCUUGUUAUUAAAAGUAGUUGCUUCUGCAAAACCUCUAGGAUAGUGGUUGCUGAGGUAUGACCAGCGAAGGAGGACUUUCUAGGUUCUUCAUGACAGUGCAUGUUAUUGUGAACCUUUGGACACUACAGCAGCACCAUAUUAAAAAAAAUAUUCUGAAAUAUAUUCUACAGAUAAGUCUGGGCUGGGGAUGGGAUGGGAAACUGUAUAGAAGGGUUAUUAUGAACUUGAAAAAUACACAUCUUACUAACAAUCUUGUGAUCUAGCUGUCUGUCAUUCUUUUGUUAUCGUGGCAGUAGCAGGAUUGCCUUUGUCUGUUUUUCCCAUUGUCUCAUCCAUUACACUAGUACUGUACUUUGUAAGUGCAGCCUAGUGAUAACUUAGCUUUGAGAACAAAAAUGUGGCCAGUGUUACAGCUUUUAAUCACUUGAAUAAAUUGAUGAUAGUGAUGGAUAUUUUUAUGCCAUAAUGACAUAGAAGCAAUACCAAAAAUCAAGCCUCGAAAACGUGGGCCAGAUCCCUUUCAAAAAUUGGCAAAGCAGUUACCAGUUUGUGCUAGUUUUACCAGUAGACUAAUGUAUUGGUAGAACUUGUGAACCUAAGAAAUAAGCUUCAUGCGUGUUGCAUUUGCCUAAUAUGUGAAUACACUAAUAAAAGUUUUAAUUCUCAUGA